UGCCUCGUUCCACCAGUCUUCUCCUUCUCCCAGAUAAUCUUCAUUCUUGGCAGUUGUCAGUCACAUAGCUCUCAAGUCUGUGACUUUUGUAGCACCCCAGCGGCAUUGCAGAACGAUUGACUUCCCGUCUCGCGCACAACAACAGCCAGGAUGUUCCGCACAUCGCUCGUAAGGUCUGCAAGACCUCUGGCACGAAGCCUCCGCAACAAGCCCGCCACCCGGAGCUACGCUGCUGCCGCCACGCCAUUCGACUGGGAGGACCCUCUAAGGACAAAGGACCUGCUCACCGAGGAGGAGCUUGCAAUCAUGGACACAGCGGAGCGCUACUGCCAAGAGCAGCUGCUACCACGAGUCCUCCAGGCAUAUCGGGACGAGCACUUUGAUCCAGCGAUCCUCCGCGAAAUGGGCGAAAUCGGUCUCCUCGGUGCGAACAUCACAGGAUACGGCUGCGCAGGAGCUUCUACGGUCGCUGCCGGACUAAUUACGCGAGCCGUCGAGCGUGUAGACAGCGGCUACCGGUCAGGCAUGUCCGUUCAGUCGUCCCUGGUAAUGGGCGGCAUCGACGCCUGGGGCACAAAGGAGCACAAGGAAAAGUACCUGCCGGAAAUGGCACAGGGCAAGCUCCUCGGCGCCUUCGGACUGACUGAGCCCAACCAUGGCUCUGAUCCGGCGUCUAUGGAGACGGUUGCGCGGCCGCAUCCGACAAAGAAGGGAUACUACGCGCUCACCGGAAGCAAGACCUGGAUCACACACUCGCCUAUCGCCGACGUCCUUAUGAUCUGGGCCAAGCUGGAAGAGACGGGCAAGAUUCGGGGUUUCCUGCUAGAACGCAAGGACUGCCCGCCGGGUACCCUCGAGACACCCGCGCUCAAGAACAAGAACGGCCUGCGUGCGAGCAUAACAGGCAUGAUCCACAUGGACGGCGCUCCCGUACCUAUGGAAAACAUGUUCCCGGACGUCGAGGGUCUCAAGGGACCGUUCACAUGCCUGAACAGCGCCCGGUAUGGCAUUUCGCUCGGGGUCAUGGGCGCUCUGGAGGACUGUAUCAGCCGGGCUCGGACUUAUGCUCUUGAGCGCAAGCAGUUCAAAGGCAACCCUCUGGCCAAGUAUCAGCUUGUGCAGAAGAAGCUCGCCGAUGCUGUCACAGACGCUACCUACGGCACGCUGGCGGCCAUCCGUGUCGGCCGGCUCAAGGACGAGGGCAAGCUCGCACCCGAGAUGAUGUCGAUUGUGAAGAGGCAGAACUGUGAUCGUGCGCUGGUGCACGCGAGAACACUGCAGGAGAUCUUUGGUGGCAAUGCUGCCAGCGAUGAGUAUGGUAUUGGCCGGCACGUAGCAAACCUCUUUGUCACUCAGACGUACGAGGGCCAGAGUGAUAUUCACAGUCUCAUCCUCGGCAGAGCGAUCACGGGCAUCCAAGCCUUUGCGUAGUGCACAUAUGGCCGGAACAGCACUAUCGAGAGUAGCCAGCCAGACCGAGUUUGUAACAACGAGACUGAUGGAAGAAUAGAACAAAAAGUGUACUUGCAGUUGACAAUGGCUAGUAGUGAAUGCUCACCCAAUGCUUGACAUGCCAUGAUGCAAUAAUGACUAAGGCGAUGCACCGGUGCCGAUAAGAUAGUCAGGCACACGGCAGUAUCCAUGCUAUGGUGAUGUCUUAUGGUCCCGGUCUAUGAGGCAUGGGAGUGGACAUCCUGAGCCCAUCGUCACUGGACAUCCACAUGUGAAAAAGAGCCUCGUGCAGAGUGGGCCCCCGUCAUCAUCUUUGGUCCGCCCACACGACACUCCGAGUGCCGUCAUCCGACCGGGUCUGGCGCCGUGCCUGAGAUGAACGGGUUUAUUCAGGAACCAGGGAGCAGCAUGGCAAAGUCUAGAAUUUGCAAAG